AUUUCCCAGUAUGCAUUGCGCCCCGUCUGACUUCUCAACCCUGGAUAAAAACAAGCUGAUCAGCUGAUGUAAAAGCAACAUCUUCUCCUCCCGGGGUCUGACACAGCAAUCCAACUUUAUCGCCGAGGUUAGUGCGUGGCACCGGGGCGCUAUGCUACGUUAUUAUUAGUCAGCCCACACUUUUUAAACUGUCGAGCUGGCAGUUUUGUCAAGUCGAGUCAUUCGUCGUCGGCUGGGACUGGUAACCGCCGCGAGGUCAGCCGAUUGACACGGAGGUUGUUGUUUUCCUACAUAAUUACUGCAAAUUAUUAUUAAUGCAAUAUUCUCUAAGUGUAUGAAUAACAAUGGUCACAGUAGACGUCGUUUAGCAACUUGGCAUCAACCCAUUUAGGUAUUAACGAGUUAAAAAGAUGUUGGAACAUUUUUUGGUCAACAUCUAAGAACACCUUUAUGGAUAUACUGUAUUUGACUACUUUUUCAAACUGUUGUUUUGAUUAAGGUGCUCACGUUACACACAGUAGAAUUUGGUGCUAUUUGUUGCAUACUUGUAAGGGUGCCUGAGUAAUCAUUUCUGUUAGCCACUUGACCAAGAGAGCACUCGAAGAAAGGAUUAAAGCAAACAUAAAUGUAUAAAACACGAAGGAGAGUCUGAUUCGAUGCUAUGAGAAGAGUGCAUGAAAACCGGACAAAAGUCAUUAUUGUAGUGCUAAUUUAGAUCCUUAGAGCUAUUUUCUCAGUCUGAGGAAUUGUGCCAAGGUGUGCUGAUAGUCGAGUGUAGUCCUCCAUUAUCAACGAUGAGUAGUCAAAGUCCCGCCGAAGAUAAAACCACCAAUACACCACUCGUCUGCCAAGAGAGUUACGCAUGCGGUGGGUCGGACGAGGCCUCCUUCGAAUGUGACGAGUGCAGCAGCCUUCAAUGCGCCCGUUGCGAGAUGGAGCUCCACCGACAGGAACGUAUGAGGAACCACGACCGGGUUCGCAUUGCCCCGGGCCACGUCCCCUUCUGCGACUCGUGCAAAGGGGACGGCGGCGGCUCGGUCACUGCCGGGCGGGUGCGAGCGGCCGUCCGCUGCCAGGGAUGCAAAAUAAACCUGUGCUUGGACUGCCAGAAACGCACCCAUAGCGGUGGGAACAAGAGGAAGCACCCUCUCACCCUGUACCCCCAGGCCAAAAGUGCCCAAGAGAACAGCGUGAGCUCCGGCGAGUCUGAGCUGGACAUCAUUAAAGAGCAGCUAGACAAAGUGUGCAGUUUCCUGUUGGUGGACGAAAAAGAGGAGAUGCAGGUGAGGAACGAGGAAGAGUUUGUGAACAGACUGGGAUGUGACGCAGACGAGCUCCUCAAGGUGGUCUCCAUUUUUGGCAACACCGGCGAGGGGAAGUCGCACACGCUGAACCACACCUUCUUUCUCGGAAGGGAAGUGUUCAAAACAUCCCCGACACAGGAGUCUUGCACGUUGGGAGUGUGGGCUGCCAUGGACCCGCUGCACCACGUGGUUGUCAUUGACACGGAAGGACUCCUCGGAGCUGGGUCUAGUCAAGGUCAGCGAACCCGCCUGCUCCUCAAAGUCUUGGCCAUCUCGGAUCUCGUCAUUUAUCGGACACGCGCUGACCGUCUCCGCGACGACCUUUUCAAAUUCCUGGGCGACGCCUCGGAGGCCUACUUGAAGCACUUCGCCCGGGAGCUGAAGGCGACCACCACGCGCUGCGGCCUGGAUGUCCCGCUGUCCACCCUGGGCCCUGCCGUCAUCAUCUUCCACGAGACUGUGCACACCAAACUCUUAGGAUCAGACAAGCCGUCUGAGUCGGCGGACCGCCUCCUUCAAGAGCGCUUCAGGAAGCUGGCUGUGUUCCCCGAGGCCUUCAGCUCCAUCCAGUACCGCGGGACUCGUACCUACAACCCACCCACUGACUUCAUUGGCUUGCAGCGCAGCCUGGAGCAGCAGCUGGACAACAACGCCACACGCUCGCCCCGUUCCGCCGGCGUCAUCUACAAGGCCUUGCAGGCGCUGAGUGAACGUUUCAGUGGCGAUAGUCCUGAUGAACACAUCACCAGUAACUCCUUCUUCCCCGAUGAGUACUUCACUUGCUCCUGCAUCUGCCUGAGUUGUGGGUCAGGCUGUAAGAGAAGCAUGAACCACCUGAAGGAGGGAGCAGAACACGAAGCCAAGCGCCAAUGCCGCUACUCGGCGCAAUCCGACAACCGCAUCUACACGUGCAAGGCCUGCUACGAGGGAGGGAAGGAGGUGAUCGUGGUUCCCAAGACGACGGCCUCGUCCGACUCGCCGUGGUUUGGCUUGGCCGUCUACGCCUGGUCUGGAUACGUCAUCGAGUGUCCCAACUGUGGAGUGAUUUAUCGAAGCAGGCAGUACUGGUAUGGAAACCAGGACCCGGUGGAAACGGUUGUCAGAACCGAGAUCCAGCACAUCUGGCCGGGGUCGGACGGCUUUCUGAAAGACAAUCACAACGCCGCCCAGAGGCUGCUGGAUGGAGUCAAGUACAUCUCCCAGUCGGUGUCGGAGCUCAGCGUCAAGCCGGCCAAGGCGGUCACCUCCUGGCUCACCGACCAGAUCGCUCCCACCUACUGGACGCCCAACUCUCUCAUCCUGAAAUGCCACAAAUGUGCAGCGGACUUCCAAGCUAACGACACCAAGCAUCACUGCCGGGCCUGUGGCGAAGGCUUCUGCGACGCUUGCUCCUCGAAAGCCCGCCCGGUCCCCGAGAGAGGGUGGGGGCUGGCACCCGUUCGAGUCUGCGACGGGUGCUUCCAGAACAGAGGAAUAUCCACCGAGCUCCUGGAUGCGGCCUUGGAGGAGGAAGGCGGCACCUUGAUCGCAAGGAAAGUCGGGGAGGCUGUUCAGAACACCCUUGGCGCCGUCGUCGGCGCCAUCGACAUACCGCUCGGCCUGGUGAAGGAAGCCGCACGUCCCGCCUACUGGGUCCCAGACCAGGACAUCCAGGCCUGCUGCGGCUGCCAGCGUGACUUCUCGGCCUCUCGCCUCUCCAUCCACCACUGCCGCGCCUGCGGUCAGGGCGUUUGUAAAGACUGCUCGCAAGAGCGGCGUGCUGUCCCCUCCCGGGGUUGGGAUCACCCGGUGAGGGUCUGCAGCGUAUGCAGCCAGAAGUCCGGGGAACUCUAGCGGGACUUUAAAACCACGUGGACCCCUUUUGUGUCUGGUUCUUCCAUUUUGGGUUUUGGACGAUAUUUUUUUGUUUUUAACUGUGGUCAGUCAAUUAAAUUUGCAUAUCAUGAAGGGAACUUGAGUGAACGGAAUCAAGUUUUGGACAAAUCGCUCUCAAAGAUCGAGACUCUUGUUAGGACUAUCACAUCGCCCCAUCCUAUGUCUUCCUAUAUUGCUUAUCACGGUCAGAGUUCGGGGUCUGAGAGAAGGGGCACUGACAAACACAUAGUCAUCCGUAACCACAAUUUAGUUGUCACAGUCAGUCAUAAGUGUGACUAUUACACAGUAUUAGUAUAUGUUGGGAACCAAACUGCUGCCUACUGUCAUUUUUUUUAAAGUCAGCCAUCAUGGUUUAUUGUUAGUCUGCAAAAUGCAUUCAAUAUACCAAAAAAAAAAACAUCCUAUCCACGCUAAUGCCACCACAAGCCUUUCGUAGCUAGUUUUAAAAAGGCGGACAUCAAUCAAAAAGCCUUAAUCGUGACAAAUCGAAAUUGAAAACACAAACGUAUACACACAUAACACCUUUUUGUUUACACCGUUGGAUGAACCGGUUCGCAAGAUGACAUAGUUGAGGCUGGACCUUCAAAAAUCUCACCACUCACGUGAGACAUCGGACACAAAAUGACUUGAAACUUUAGCGAUCCAAACAAAUACAAAGUGUGCUAGAAAAAAGUUCCAGGGCCAGUUUAGACAUACUACAAGUUUUGCCCUUUAGUGUGAGCCAGACGAUCGACUAGCCUGAGUUUUUGCAGGCCAAGACGCCUGCUCACGCUGCCCUGAUCAUCUGAACAUGGCUGGCCGGAAUGAACAGUGCUGUGACGGACCACCCUCCCUACUCACUUGACCUGGUGCUAUGUGAUUUAUUUUUUUCCUCUUCAAUGGGACAUAUUUUAUCUGGAUGAUAUGAUAACCUUUUUUUAUCUUUUCCCGAAGCACGCUCGAAGGCGUGGCAGAGAAGACAGGGAAAGUGCAAUGGACUCGCUUCGAUUACAUCAAAACUGGAAAUUUAUAGUUUAGAUUUGGAAUAUAUUUUGACACUCUUCUGACGUGCCCUUUUAAGUAUUAUUAUUAUUAUUAUUUUUUUUUUUUUGCCAGGAGACAUGUCCUCAGUUCAUCUGCCAAGGAUACAUUUGAAUGUGAGAAUGGCAUUUCCUGAGUUUUCUGGGGUUUAAUUUGAUGAAAAUGUGCAUUUUUUUAAAGAACAAUUUAAGAAUGUUAGACAAAGCGGGGGUUUUUUUAACACAAAACUGCAACAAAGUACUGUAUGUAAAUUAAAAAAAAAAUGAACAUGAUACAAAGUUAAAGCAAUGCUACAACAAGUGCACCAUGCUCAUGAAUUAAACACCAAACAUGUCACUUUA